ACUUUUCCACAAUUAUAAUGCAACUCAUCCCAAGCAUACAAUAGCGCAGUCACCUGAAGAUAUUUUCUUGUCUUAAACUCUUAAUGGCUUCACCAUCAGUGUAUGCAUCCUCUUUCUUGCAAUUCAUUUUUCUUAUCCUUUUGGUAACACUGUCUUCUGUGUUACCAGUAGCGACCUUUAGCAAGGAGCAGUUCUCAAUUGAGGAAGCAACCGUGCAUGAUCUCCAACUUGCUUUCCAAAGAAACCAGUUAAGCUCUAGGAAACUGGUUGAGUUCUACCUCAAACGAAUCCAAAGCCUGAAUCCGGUUCUCAGAGGGGUAUUGGAGGUGAAUCCAGAUGCACUAACCCAAGCUGACAGUGCUGACCAAGAGAGAAAGACUAAGCCACAAGGCCCUUUUUCUGCUUUGCAUGGAAUACCCAUUUUGGUUAAGGAUAACAUUGCAACUAAGGAUAAACUGAACACUACUGCAGGGUCUUAUGCACUUCUGGGGUCUGAGGUGCCUAGAGAUGCUGGUGUAGUUACCAGGUUAAGGAAAGCCGGGGCUGUCAUAUUAGGAAAAGCCAGUCUCAGUGAGUGGUCACAUUACAGGUCAAGUAAUGCACCUAGUGGUUGGAGUGCAAGAGGUGGGCAAGGAAAGAAUCCAUACACAGGGGAUGAUCCCUGUGGAUCAAGUAGCGGAUCAGCAAUAUCAGUGGCAACAAAUAUGGUGACAGUGUCCCUUGGUACUGAGACUGAUGGCUCCAUUUUAUGCCCUUCAAGUUAUAACUCAGUGGUGGGGAUCAAGCCAACAGUUGGUCUCACUAGUAGAGCUGGAGUUGUCCCAAUUAGCCCAAGACAAGACACAGUUGGGCCAAUUUGCAGGACUGUAUCAGAUGCUGCCUAUGUUCUUGAAACCAUUGCAGGCAUCGAUAUUAAUGAUAAGGCAACAAUUGAAGCAUCAAAAUUUGUCCCCAAAGGUGGUUAUGCUCAAUUUCUAAGGAAAGAUGGACUAAGAGGAAAGAGACUAGGAGUGGUGAGAGUGUUCUUCAAUUCUGGGAAUGAUGCUUUUCUGCAAGAAACUUUUAAGCUUCAUAUGAGCACCUUAAGGCAAAGAGGUGCAGUUUUAGUUGAUAAUUUGAAGAUGGAUAACAUAAAUGAACUCAGUUAUGAUCAAAGUGAAUCCAUUGCAAUGGAUAUUGAAUUCAAACUAGCCUUGAAUGCAUACCUCAAAGACUUGGUUGCUUCACCGGUAAGAAGCUUGGCCGAUGUGAUAGCUUUCAACAAGAAACAUUCAAAACUGGAGAAGAUUGAUGAGUAUGGCCAAGAUCUCAUGCUGGAAGCUCAGAAGACAAGUGGAAUUGGGAAACAACUAAAUGGAGCAUUAUUAAAUAUGACAAGAUUAUCCAAGAAUGGGUUUGAGAAACUAAUGAAAAGAAAUAAACUAGAUGCCGUGGUGGCACCAUUUUCAAGCUUUAGUAGCAUACUUGCUAUUGGAGGUUACCCGGGAGUAAUGGUUCCAGCAGGGUAUGAAAAGGGUGCACCAUUUGGAAUAUGUUUUGGAGGGUUGAAAGGAUCAGAGCCUAAGCUCAUUGAAAUUGCUUAUUCCUUUGAACAAGCAACCAAGCUUAGGAAGCCUCCUCCUCCAAUUCACAAAUUAAAAUUUUAAUGUCUUGUUUGACUCUAUGACUUCAUAUAUUAGGUACGGGUAAUGUUAGGGAGACAAAAAAAAAACAGCCAGAACUUGUUUUAUUUAAAAUUCAUUAGCUGUCGCAACAAUUAAUGAAUGUUAAAUAAGGCAAGUUAUGAUUGUUUUUGGCUGAUUUUCUUUGAUUACCAAACAUUUCCGAUUAAGUACAAAGACAUAUAUAGAUGUGUUGCUCCAAAUAAAAAUACUAAAUUUAAUAGCAGCAAGUCAGCAACUCAUAUAAAUUAGUUAAUAGCUCAAUUUCAAACCAAU